AUGUCUCUCAAGAACGACGCCUUUCCAUCCUCGGUGGCCUUUGACGCCAUCAGCGAUGCCAUGUCCGCCAACGAAGCCGAUCGCAAAGACGCGAUCGAGAAGACAGGUGCCAUUUUCGCCUUCAAACUCACAAACAACAAGGGUCAAGAGGAAGCCUGGUAUCUCGAUUUCAAGAAUACUGGUCUGGUAGGCAAGGGAGAGGCGCCCGAAGGCAAGAAAGCUGAUGUUACCCUCUUGCUGUCUGACGAGAACUUUGGCAAAUUGGUCGCCGGUACCUCGAAACCACAAACACUAUUUAUGAGCGGAAAGCUGAAGAUCAGGGGCAAUGUGAUGAAAGCGACCAAAAUGGAGCCUAUCCUCGCAAAGGCCAAAGCACAGUCGAAAUUGUAA